GAGACGGGGGCGGGGGUGGCCGGCUGGUUGGUAGCCAGGCUUGGGCGAGAUGAGCGAGGCUGCGGCGGCGCCCAGGGCUACCGGGACUGUCCGGGGCUUGCGAAUGGACGGGCUACCCCCGCUGCCCAAGAGCCUGAGUGGGCUGCUGCACUCGGCAUCGGGCGGCUGGCGCCACCUGGAGCGUCUCUACGCGCAGAAAUCUCGCAUCCAAGACGAAUUGAGCCGCGGGGGCGCGGCGGGAGCAGGGGCCCGGGUCCGAGCGCUGCCCGCCAAGCCUCCCAACUUGGACGCCGCGCUCGCGCUGCUCCGCAAGGAGAUGGUUGGCCUCCGACAACUGGACAUGUCCUUGCUCUGCCAACUUUAUGGCCUCUAUGAGUCCAUUCAGGAAUAUAAGGGAGCAUGCCAGGCAGCAUCAAGCCCAGACUGCUCUUACUCACUGGAGAAUGGCAUCUUUGAUGAAGAGGAAGAGUAUUUCCAAGAACAGAGUGUCCUCCAUGAUGGGGGAGAACAGGGCCCUCCAAGGGAUCUGUUCCUACCUAUCUCUCCACUUUCUAGCAGUGACUGGAUUUUGGAGUCCAUUUAGAGAAUCUUAGAAGUGAGGUGGCUUUGGGAGAGGCCUUGACUCCUGAACAUUUACUUUUUGUAAGAAAGAGCCUCUUCUGUGGCUGUCAUGGCCUGACCUGAAGCAUGUGGGACCAGUGAAACUGUUUUAAUUAUCUGUAGGCAGGGAGACCUCCUCGGAGACAUGGUGGCAGUCUCUUUUGAUGCCCAAGAUUUCUGUUUACCUGUUCCAGAGGUACUUAGCAGUGACUGGGAAGCUGGCUCAGCACGUAGAGUGCAGGAUUUACCAGGUUUAUUUAACAAAGUUCUUGAUACUCUUGGUAUUACAUCACUUCCACUGAGGAUUGAGGAUUCAUAAUGAGAGAUUAACAAGACCUGGAGAAGACCUUUGAGGAUAUUUGCACACACUUUUUUGUAAGUUACCUUGAAUUUGCAAAGUACAAAAACUAUCAUUUCACUAUUUCCUUUCCUUAAGAAACUCUGUAGACUUUCUUGGUGUUUUAUGACCUUUUUAAGUCCUUGGCUGAGCUUUAUUUAUUUUGUCCGGGUGAUCCAGUGAAAACUUCUUAUUAAAAUAACCAUUUCAGGGAGUUGGUUGUUAGCGCAGCAGGUUAAAUGCAGGUGGUGCUAAGUGCAAGAACCAGCAUAAGGAUCCCGGUUCGAGCUCCUGGCUCCCCACCUGCAGGGAGUCGCUUCACAGGUAGUGAAGCAGGUCUGCAGGUGUCUAUCUUUUUCUCCCCCCCUGCCUUCCCUUCCCCUCUCCAUUUCUCUCUGUCCUAUCCAACAAUGACGACAUCAAUAACUACAACAAUAAAACAAGGGCAACAAAAGUGAAAAUAAAUAUUAAAAAAAAAAUAACCAUUUCAGUUAAUAGCAAUCUUUUAACCUGUCAGAAAAUUUUAUAUUCUUUGUCAGACUUAAGAGGAAAUAAUAUGAAGAUGUGUUUGUUAGGGAGGACUUGGGAAAAUUAGUAUUGUAUUAUUCACUGUGAGGUGACAUAAACAAAUUGUUUUUUAUAAGUUUAAAAUAGUGUUAGAAAGCAAACUUCCUUCAGUUAAGAUAGUGAUCACCUUAAAGCCUUAAAUAUUUAUUAAAAUACUUUAUGAACACUUUGCACUAUGUGGGUUAAAAAGGAUAAAAAAUGCUAAACACUUAUC